UCAGUUUAAGUGCAGGGAUCCAGCGCAUGGAAGGUAGAGGGCAGAAGUGCGUGUUUCCUCUCCUCCCCUUUACCUCCGUUCAUCUUCUCAUUCAGAUGACAGCCUGAACGCUUGCUGGAAACGACAGGAUGAGUGUGUACCUGUGCAUGUGUGGCGCACUCCACUGGAGAGUCUCAUUCAACAUGCUGUAACAUCAAGCAAACUGGCUCUUCAAGAGAAGGAGACACAGAAAGAGAGCUUGCAGGAUAAAAUGACCACCAGGCGGUGAGCAAUGAGGGUGUGUUGACUUGCUCUCUCUCCUCACACUGUUUCUUCAUGAGGGCUGAGAGAUGACCAUGAACAGCUGGUCCUUCAAAACCCUGACCGUCAUCUUCAUCCUUCUGUCCACUGCAGCUCUCUCUGCGCACUUCAGAGUGUGUGAGCCUUACUCCGACCACAAGGGGCGCUAUCACUUCGGGUUCCACUGCCCUCGACUCUCGGACAACAAGACCUACAUUUUCUGCUGUCACCAUAACAACACGCCCUUCAAAUACUGCUGCAACGAAACCGAGUUUCAGAGUGUGAUGCAGCUCAACCUCACCACCAACUCAGACAGCUAUGCGCACAAUAACUACACCGCCCUCAUCGGUGUGUGGAUUUACGGCUUUUUCGUCAUGAUCCUUCUGGCUUUGGACUUCUUGUACUACUCGGCUAUGAACUAUGAGUUGUGCAGGGUAUACCUGGAGAAAUGGGGCCUGGGAGGACGGUGGCUCAAACGGGCCAGGAGUCAAUGGCACAGCACAACUCAACAUGAGGAUGAACACAACAUGGGAUCAGGCCUGAGUCACCACCACCAUCCACGGCACAGUUUGAGAAGCGAAGCACAGAGCCCUACUCUCCUGACCUUCCAAACCUCAACAGCCUGAUAUCCAGCUUUGAUCCCAAGGAUAUACUUGGUAUGACAAAGGAGGAACAGCCAGGAAAUGGAGAUUUAGUUUUCUUAGACUCUUUUCCUGGCCCCAUCUACAUUUACGACACGGACUGUGCCAGCGACCUCCUGCAGCUCUACUGGAUAUGGCAUUUUCUCCAUGCUGAUGCUGAAACUGACAGCUGCAAAUGACUUUCAGCUGGAUCUACUUUUCGACAACCGUCGAAGGACUUUAAUGAGAAUGUUGUCUUUGACACCCACUACCUUGCCUUGUCAUUUAGAAAGUUAAGAUGCAGGGAAUAGGACUUUGCAAAAAGAAAGAGAGGAGACUGAUGGGUCCGUAAAUCAAUUUGACCCAACAGGAUUAACCACAACAUCUUCUUACAGUAUUUAAGGUGCGGGCACAUUUACUAUUGUUAUGCGCAUUUCCAGUCAUUUCAAUAGAUUGGGAAUUCCACGUUUCGGGCGGAAAAUUUCCUGAUGCAGAUUUCCAAGUUGCUUGGUUUAAGUUGAAUGAGACUUUACAUUGCUAUAGUACAAUAGACAAAAGCUUUUUUGCCUUCAACUUUUGGCAAAAUGUUGCAAGAGACAGAUUUCAAAACUGACUCUUAUACGGAAUUCCCUAAUUCUGUUUCAAGGAAGUGACAUCACGAUUUAGAAAACUCUGAAACAUUUAUAACUACUGAAAUUUUAGGUUGGGGAAAUAAUUUCAACAUAAAGCAAUAGAUAAUAAUAACUAUUAAGAGAAAUGUUAUUUAUCGACCAAAAGAACCCUGAAACUUGACUAAGUGGCAAUGCUUCAUGGAGUGUAGAUCUUGAUAAUCAGAUUCCUGACGGUCACUUCAUUGUAGAAAUACAGUGACAUCAUUGUUUUAUCCCUAAUGAAUUUGUGCACUGAGUCGAAACCAACUAGACAUAGGUAAAAGUAGCCACUGUUAGGCUGUGAGUAUUCACCUGCAAUAACACACAGCGUUGUGCUGAGUUGUGUUGUGUAUAGAGGAGAAAUUGUUGUGAUUUCGUUUAUCUAUUUAAGGUGAAACUAAUAGUUUUCCCCUCUUGGAGGGAAGAGAGAUAUGUUAUGUUUUGGAGUAAUAAGUUAUAAUGGUUAUAAAUUGCCUUACGGUAAAUCUGUAGUACAUGCCUAGCACCUUGUUCUGUGAUUGUGGUUGGUACCUCAGUUGAAGUGUGAUAUGGCCGUCCACCUGUUCAACUUCUCUCUGUUUUUAUUAUGGGGAUGGUGGUUGGGUGGGGGGUGGGCACUGGAGUUGUAAUUGCACUUGCUAACUUUUUACUGUUACAGUCUGGGAGAAAUAAAGAUUUAUCUUUUGCAGUGUU